GCACGGGCGCUGAGGCAGCGCGGCCCGAUGGAGCCGGCGGCGAUCGGUCGCCUGCGGCGCCUCCUGCUCGCCGCGCCGGGCCUCGGCCUGGCGCCGGGCCGCGCCGGGCACCGGGGAUGCGGCGAGGCCUCAGGGCCGCGCCGCGACCUGUAUGAGGUGCUGGGUGUGCCGCCCACGGCGACACAGGCGCAGAUCAAGACGGCGUACUACGAGCAGUCGUUCCGGUACCAUCCCGACCGCAACGCGGGCAGCGCUGCCGCCGCCGAGCGCUUCGCCGCCGUCAGCGAGGCCUACCUGGUGCUGGGCAGCGCCGUGCUGCGCCGCAAGUACGACCGCGGCGUCCUCAGCCGCGAGGACGUGCGCGACGCCCCCAAGCCCUCGGGCCGCCCGGUCACCCCCGCGCCCCCGCCCGCCCGCGCCGCCGCCGCCUCCUCCCGCCGCGGGCCCGUCCCGCCGCCCUUCGACUUCGACGCCUUCUACCGCGCGCACUACGGGGAGCAGCUGGAGCGGGAGCGGGUGCUGCGGGCGCGGCGGGAGCAGCUACGCCUCCGCCGGGAGGAGGCUGCGGCCCAAGGCCGCUUCCGACUCUUCUCUGACCUCUCAGUUGGGCUCCUCUUUUUCUUGGGCGUUGUCCUGCUCUACAGCCUCAAGUAACGUGUGGGCACCAGCCCAGCUCCACCACUGCAACAGGACAACGGGGCUCACUGGUGGGCAGGGCCUCUGCACCCACUUCAUGCCUGGGCUCAGCUCCUCAUGCUGUGACCUGUCCCCUUUGCUGUGAUCUUUAGAGACAGUGCAUGGCCACAAUACGUGGCUGUGAUGUGUUACCUUUGCAAGUGUGACCUGCAGACAUUGUAUAACCACUGGGUACCAUAUGUGGGCCCUUCUCCAUAGGCUGACCCUUCUGCCAGUAUGACCUGCAGAUGUUGUGCCUGAUGGGUUUGUGGACCUUUGUUUGUGGACUCUGACAUGUCCCCACCAUCAGUGCUGUUCUUUGACCCUGGUGGGAACCAUGUGUCUUCUCUUGAGCUGCAGUGGAGAUUAAAUGAUUGACUAUAGUUUUUGUGUGCUGUGUUCAUAGGGUCAGCCAAUGCUGACUAAUGACUCCUUGUGGUUUACUGUUAAUCUGAAACUAGCCACCUCCAUGCUUUCACACUUGAAGAAUGAAACCUGGUCCUACAAGAAUGAAACCAUGUCCUAGUCAGCGUGUCACAUCACCUGGAGAUGCUGCCCAAAAUACUUUGGUAUUUAGAACAGCCUGUCCUGUCUAUGGCUUGCUAGGAACUUCGCACAAGACUAUCUCAUAUAGGCCUUUAUGGCUGGAGCGGUACGCUUCUGGGCACUGAGUGGUGUUAUUUGUGUUUUACAUGUGUCUAAGCAUCAUUUGUACAUAAGAGUAUUUACCUAUUUAAGUACGGAGUGUUUUAGGAUUGUCUCUAAGCGAUUCUGUGUUUCCUUUGGUGAAAGUUUCACCCAUACUAUUUGAAGAGAAUGAAGCUUGCUAUAACAUGGUAUUGCAAUGCUUAGCAUGCCAAAGGUAUUGUCUGCAUUGCUUUGCAUUGUAUUUGCUGGGCUUGGCUGUGACUUCUGUGCAGAAGCUGAGCCCUUCCCUCUCACUGCAGUGACCCUGGGUUAUGUUUUCUUCCAAUAUAAGCUUGCGAAAGGAAAAUGCCUAACAUUUUCCAGCUAUGGAGUUCCGUGAUAACUGAACUGAGCCUUACGCAGUAGCACGUCAGAGUGUAAUGUGUACUGGUGCAGGGUAUAUGCUGCUAUAGGAGAGUUUUCUGCCUCUUCCGGAAAUAAUUUUACUAAUUCCAACUGCAGGUGCUCAAAAGUGCUUUGUGUUUGGAGAAAUUCAGCCUGGGAGCAUGUAGAGGGCUUUCCAGCAUCUUCUUUGGUUGUUGUUCCACCCCCUCUAUGUAGGAUAAUAGUCCUGAAAUGUCAACAUGCGAAGGGCAGAGGGAGCUUGGUGUUCAAAUUGGUUAUGAACUGAAAGCCUCUAGAGCUGUGGCUAGUGACAUCACUGAUUAUUUUUGUGCUGUAAGACAAGUUUCUUGAAAGACCAGAGGCUGUUUCCCAGUCAGAGUUUGGCCAGUAAUAGUAUCUUGCAGGCUGGAAGAGCUUGGCAACAGCCAUGCAAAGCAGUGGGUGCUGUAAAGGAAUACAUCUCUAGUUCCUGGUAUCAUGGGUUGUAAGGUUUUCAAGGCAGCCCUGCCAAACAUUUGUGUUCAAGAUUGAUCUUGAUCUCUGUGUGUAGUGCUGAGGCCCAGGGCUGUGGGCUGUUCCUGCAGUCAAGCCCUGUAUCCAGCCAUGAACUAACUUGCAGCCAGGGAGUGCGUUGGUGCUGCACAGAACAGGAGGAACUGCGACUAGUUAGUGUGCUCCCUGCUUAACACUGGGGAUAGGGAAGCAAUCCUAUAAGCCAUCUGUCUGUCCUGCUCUGUGCCUGGUGCUUGUGUCUGAAAUUGGAGGGUGAAGUAACCAGACACCAAAGCUGAGCUAAUCUAUGUACCUAACUGUGAGUAGCAUGGACAGUGUAAGAAAAGAGCAGAAACUCAUGGGCUGAAAUAAAGACAGUUUAAUAGAGAAAACAAACAAACAAA